UUGUGCUAUUGAAAGAAAACAAAAUGAAUGGAUGAGAAAUUAGUGACUUUACAUUGAAACAGAGUAGAGGAUAAAGGAGGAGUUGCAAACCUGCUGAUUUUGCCUGGAAGUCAUUGCAGACUUUUUAAUUUAUUUCGUGCUGUGUUUUAAUUAAAUGUAGAUCAAUUUAUUUUAUGAAAAACAAAGCCCAUUGAAUCACUUCAUCCAGCUGCACGUGCAGGCCGUCAAAGCAGAACCUGCAGGGGGCAGCAGUCCGUGAGUCAGAGCUGUGACGCCGCCGCUGAGACUUUCCACGAAGAAGAAAGGACUCGGACUGAGGGAGGAAAAAAAGCAGAGGAACUACUCCUGUUUACAACAACACAAUGGAGCCAAAACGGCCGAAUACCGUCUGCAACCGCCUAUUACUGACUGGAUUUACGCUAUGUGUUGUAUUAGUCACAAAACCCACUUCUGCGAUCGACAUAUACGCCGACGGUGAGGUGGUGAUGCAGAACGGCACCUCGGGGAUCCUCCGCUGCACCUUCAAGUCCAGCGAAGUGGUCAGCAGCUCCACCUCAGUGACCUGGAGCUUUCAGUCGAGUCAGCCAGACCACCAGUUCUUCAAAGCACCGUACGUGAUUUUCUACUUUGUACACGGGACAGCAUUCCCGGCACAGAACAUGUUCAAAGAAAGGGUGCAGUUUAUUGGCGACGUCAACAAGAGGGACGUCUCGAUCCAGCUGAGUCCGGCUCAGUUCAGUGACAACGGUACCUUCUUCUGCGACGUGAAGAACCCACCGGAUGUAACAGGAACUCCGGCUCGAACGGAACUCAGGGUCGUUCUGAAAGAGUCUCUCCCUCAGAGCAACACCACGGUUAUAGCGGCGGCGGUCUGUGGAUCCCUGUUUCUGCUCAUCCUCAUCGCUGUCGGCGCCUGCGUCGUCAUGAAGGUGCUGCACAGCCGCCACGACUACGAAGGAUGUACGACCUUGGAAAGCAUGAGCACUCAGGCUCCGCAGGCACGAAAGAAGGUGGAGUCUGGUCUGGAGGGCUCCAAGAGCACCGUCCCCCUGGGUCCACUACAGGGCCCGGUGAUAUACGCACAGUUGGAUCACUCAGGCAGCAAAAACUCCUUCCAUAAGAUGGAGCCUGUGGUCUACGCUGACAUACGUAAAAACUGAAGAGGAGCAGGGGACCGUGAAAGAAAAACAAACAAAAAAAAGAUGAAAAAAAUAACAGUCAAGUAUCAGACCUCUUUAUCAGCUGCUCUUGGGAAGGGGAGGGUUAUUUCAACAGGGACAUAAUCGGUGCAGUUUGUUUUUUUUAUUUUUUUUUUGUAAAUCUCAUCCUCUGAAAGCAUGACGCUGUUACGUGAUAAAACGACCCCUCCGCGCGCUUCAGUUUUAAAGACAAAAAAGAGAAAAAAACACUACAACACUCCAUCGCGUCAACCUUUAAAUUGUUACCAACACAGGGAUCAAAGUUAAAAUAAGCAUUCCAAUAUGUUAAAAAAAGAAAAAAGUAAACUAUGUCGUUUCGAUAACUGUAGCUGUGUGCUUAAAAAUAGAACAACAGGUUCCGCGGGCUGUUGCACCAGCUGAACACAAGUCAGAUCACUAUCGAAGCUCCAGUCGCGAUGGAAAAGUACAGCCGAUGAAGGAGAAAGCACGUGAUCCUGCGAGUGUUACAGUGCCUAAAUGUGAUAGACAUCUUUAAAUAAUGACAUCAGCUUCUGUUUUUGGUGUUUGUGAAACACAGCGUUAACCCAAAAAGAAAAAGAGAAGCUGCAGUUUUAACAGGGUUCCCACAGGUCCUUGAAAUCCUCAAAAAGCCCUUGAAAGGUUUUGAAAAUCGCCCUGAGUAGACAUGGGUCAUUGAAAGUGCUUGAUAUUUGAUAGUUAGAUAAAUGUCUCCCUUGUUUGUUAUGACGCCACCUACUGUUUCAUGCCCUGCACUGCUUGACGUACAUAGAUGAGAUCAAACGAGUCAAAAGAGACUUGAUGCCUGGAAAAUGAAAAUUCCAACAUCUCUGUCUCGCCAAAUAAAAAUGACAGACUGAUUUUGACCCAAGAUCCCAAGGACAAUCACUUGUCCACAUGCAUAGCGUGCUGCAAAGCAAUUAAAGUAGACGCCAUCAUGGGCGAAGACGCUCUUACAAGUUGCCCUCCCAUCUUGAGCUGUGUCAGGACUUUCUGUCCCUGAAUUUGCAGUAAUUUGCCCUGGAAAGUCCUUGAAUUUGAUGUCAACCAAGGUGUGGGAACCCUGUUUUAACUGAAAUCUCAACAAAUGUCUUCCCUCCGCACUGCUCCACAGAGUGACGGAUUUGACUGUAUGUCAAUCCUCCAAUGUCCCUGCAAGAAGACAUUAGAUAACAAUUAAUAAAAAACAACAAGUCUGAAGCUGUUAAAUUAGAGUAAAAACCUGCGUAGUUGUGCUUUAAAAGACCGAUCUACAACAGAAAACGUGUCUGUGGCUGACACCGGUGCACUGACGUUUUCUUUCAUGCCAAAUAAUAAUCAUUUCUUUGCAUAUCCUCAGCUUUAAGAGUCUUAUGCUUCAUAAAUGUAGGUUUUGUCACUUUUACUAACGGGCGCUGUUUCACAGAGGAUCAAAUGUUUUGUCCUUCAGAUGUUUCUAAAAAGCGAAACCAAACAUCGGGCGUACUUUGAUGUUCACGCCUCUUCAUAAACUGUAACUUAAACCAAAUCCUUCUAUGAUUGAACUAUUGUUUUUUUGGUGAAACUGACAUUUUAUCCAGAGCAAACGGGAGAGAUAACCACUAUGUCUAAUGUAUCCUGUCACAUGUGAAGUCGCGUCUAUGAUCAUCGUCGAUUCUGUACUGAUAUCGUCAUCAAAAUCUCUGACGCCAACGAAAUCUUGGCGGCAGCAGAACAAAAAAAACUCCCCUAUGCCAAGUAUCGCAUGUUGGUGCUAUAAAUGUUAGUCGGUGUAGUUAAGAACAAAGUGCUACUGUUGUAAAUAUGAAAGAAAAGUUCCCUCGUUGACUUUAAUAUGAUAUCUUCUUGUCUUUCUAACCUGUUCCUGCCUUGACGACGCGUAGUAACAACUGACCAAAGCCGAGCGGACGCCGUUCAUGUUUGUUGUCAUUGGGGCUGCAACCAGUGGUUAUUGUCAGUGUUCUGUCGCAGAGAAACCAGAAAAUACUCACAUUUAAGAAGCUGGAAUCUUAGUUAAUAAAACAGUCAUUAACUUAAUCUGUUAAUCACUUUCACUCUAGCUUUCAGACCUCUGUUGCCUUGGAGGAAAUAAUCUGCUUUUAAAUUUAACUUAUUGAUAAAGUUUGAACUGGUUGAUGGCGCUUUUCCACUUCACAGUUCCGGCACGGCUCGACUGGGCACGUUUAUUGUUUUGUUUGCUUUUCCAUCAGCGAUGGUACCUGGUACCUGAGUCAUGAGCGCGACGUCUGACGCGAGAAUCAAAGAGAAACAACGCAGAACUGUACAUCGCUUCAAAAGAGUGAAACAUCCUUGAAAACAUUAAGCGUUAAUCUCCAACAUUUAGCAAAGAAAAUGUCUAAAAUGUCAAUAUUUAACAGAGGAGUCUGGCGUAUUUAGCGACAUCUCAUCUUUUCUGCCGUAUGCCGUAUUCAUCUUUUUGAAUGAACAGAUUCUAAUGAAACAACUGCUUUACAAAUCACAAGUCACUCGUUUGUGUCGCGGCAGUUUUAUGCAGCCAUUCUAUGAUGACUCCGCCCACGUUGAGGAGGCGCUAUCAUACCAAACCAUGUAGAGUAGAGCAGUGCCGUGCUGGAACGGUACAGUGGAAAAGCUGCAUCAGUAAUUGAGUAUUUUUUGUAAUGUUAUCGUCAGUCACUGAUUGAUUCAUUGUUGCAGUCCUAUUUCUGACAGCCGACAAUCAAACAUGUUAUUUUUACACACGCUAGAGAACACGGCUCACGCUCGGACGUGAAAAAAACAUUUCUUAAUCGGUUUUGUGCAGCGAGAAAUUCAAGAUAAGUGAAUAAGGGAAGGCUCGGCCGACACCGCAGUCAUCCACAGCACGUAAACAAACAAGAGUGUGUGAGUGAAGUCGUGGCGUCGCCACCGCCGUCGUCGUCGUAAACUCGCAGCUGGUGCAACAGUUGAGCUGAAGCCACCGUUCACUUCAGCGACAUCGUGACUUUGUUCAGUUUGGGGCCAGAUAGCGCCACGCGGUGACGUCGCAUGCAUGUAAAUGUUAAAACAGCUAAACGUGGUACUCACGGUGUUACUGUGAAAGCUUCAGUCGUCUGUAAACAUGUCGCUAUGGUACCGUUGAAAAAUGAAAAAGACACUGCCUCCAUCCUUCCACUUUUGCUUUUCACCUCAGCUCAACAUGUUUAUUUUUAAAUCAUCUUUCGUUGCUCUUUGUGUCUAACCCUUCAUUUUUUAUUUUUUAUUUUUAUAAAGGGCAAAUGAAGUCUGACAAAAAAAGGUUUGCUGCUCAAACAUCAAUAAUUUUUGUGUAAGAUAAAAUGUGUACCUGAGGUGAAACGAUACACUAUUUGCAUGCAAUUUACUAACAGAACAGUCGUUAUUAUGAGAAUAUCCAUCGUUUUAUUUCAUCUACAUAUUAUGUAAAGCUCUUUUCUUUUAAUUACUUUUAAAACUAAUGGGCCAAAUAUCUUAAUAUCAGCCGUCAUGUUAGGUUUCAGUUGUGUUCACAUGCUUUUAAGCUUUAAAACACAUUCCAAAUUAGUUUUUUAUACUUUGUGUUAAAGCAUUCAAAAGCCAAAUUUGUAUUUUUUAGUUUUAGUUUUUUUUUUUUUUUUGGGUUUGGUGAAUUAUGAGAACGACGUUUGUGUUGCGACCAAGUCUUAAAGCUUCAGCUUGUGAUUCCAAUAAUGCAGUAAACCAGUAUGUGUAUAUAUUUUUUUAGCUCGUGUAAGAUAUAGUGCUGUUUACUGUAACUCAUUCCAGUGUGGUGUGGCUGCGGGGGGGAACGUCGCCUCCAGCAGGUGGCGUACUGCGCGUUUCCUGCGCUUCAGUCUUAACGGUUUCUGUUACCGGACACUUUCAGCGGAUGCAGUGCCUGCGCGAAGAGUCCGUCGGGUUAAAAAUGGCUUGAAUUAAACGUUAUUUAGUCAACAGUACGGUCAGAGAAUUCAUAUUUAAAAGAUCAGACAAACAUAUUUAAGAACACAUCCACAGUGAAGAACUUUGUCACUGUCGGAGAUGAUGUAGAUUUGUAAACGAGGGCUGCGACUAAACGUUCAUUUUUUAUCCAAAAAUGUUUAUUUUACUGUUACAGAGGAGCAAAGAAACAUAUUUAAAAUGCAUAAAUCGCAGAAAAUCACAAAUUCAUCAAUGAAUUAUCACAUAAUUUGAAGUAGUGUUUGAUUAUUAGUUGCUUAAUCGUCGCAGCUCUUCAGUGGAUUUGUAUACACUCCUGUGCUCAAUAAGCUAAAAGUCUGUAACCAUAGCGACUGUAAACACUCCCGAACGCACAGUCAAUGGGUUAAAUGGAGCACGGAAAUGUCCGCCAACGAAGAAAAACACAAUAACAUUACACCAAAACAAGGUGACUUAAAAACAACUUGUGCCUAAAUUGACAAAUUAUAAAAAAAAUUCCAUCGUAGUUUGAUCAACACGUGCCUAAUAAACAUGCUAGCAUGAGCUGAUAAAUCAAUUCCAUCGUAGUUUGAUCAACACGUGCCUAAUAAACAUGCUAGCAUGAGCUGAUAAAUCAGCUAAAACUAGUUACGUUAAAGAAAACCUGUGUGACUUUUUAUUGCGAAAUUUAGAGGAUAUAGGAAAUACACAAUCCUCAAUCCGCGGAGUUCCCGAUGUUUCUUAAUCUGCGAUAUCAAGAAUGAAAUAUUUUUUUAAAAAUACCUGUACCCCAGGGGCUGUUUACGAUAUAUGAAACACAACCAAGCGCCUUUAAAUUCAGCAUGCUAGCAUGUUAGCAUUAAUAUACUGUAGAUGAACAACUGUAGACGACAAGAGGAAAUGUUGAGUCAGCAUUUUUUUUUUUUUUUUUUAAUUAGCAUACAAACAUUGACUUACAUACACUUUCCGACUAAUACUGUACAUAAAUAAAUACUAUUUAAGCGCUCAGAAAUCAUGAAUCGCGUCGUCUUGUGUGGUUCGUCCUUUUCGGAGACUAUGAAUGUUUGUACCGAACCAUGUUUUUAGCGCCAUCUCGUGUGUGUGUGUAUAAAUAGCAUGUAUAUCUUCAGCUUCUGGACCUUUAUUUUCCUCUCAUUUUCCAUUUUUAAACUUGUCUGUACAAAUAAUCAUCCUCGUAUUUAUGCUCUAACUUAUUCACGUGGUCUCCGCGUCGAGGCUCAAUCCUUUGAAAACACUCUUUAUGUAUUUGUUCGUAAACAUUCCGACUAAAGAAAACGUUGAUUCGGCUUCAUUUUGACUCGACUGUGGCUUUGACUCUCGCUCAUGCAGGCACUGUGUCGUCUUCCAUUCGUGUCCUCUCUCUCUCUUUUAACGUUGUUUUAUUUGCUAGCAUGCGUCUCUUUCUGCCGCCUUCACCCGAAACGAUCCUGUAUGAUACCGAUAAAACAGUUACUGCUGGUCACUCCGCUCGUGUUUAGUGCUGUUUGUAGAAAUUGUGAUGUAAACUAUAAAUUAUCGACAUUUUUUUUUUUUUCUCCGAGUUUUAACCGAGCUCGCGCGCCAACAAGCGCUCGGUGAUUCGGUGACGAACGCGCCAGACGUUCGCGCCACUCGCAGUGAGUCUUAAAGUGCGUACUUAGUGUUUUUUCCGAUGGUAAAUAGUCAGUGUGAUAUUUGAGAAUUGUUUGUUUAUGUUAUGUUGUAAAAAGAAAAAAAACCUGCACUAUGUCUUGUGUAUCAAAGACAACGAAUGCCCUGUGAUUUUUUUUUUUUUUUUUUUUUUAUUUUACGUUCAUCUCUGUCUGACCUUGGCCGCUGUUUAACGUCCUUAAAACUGGAAUGUUGUACAUUUAGUGCCUUUUACAUUUCAUCAGCUAACUUGAACAUCUGCUCAAAAUAGAAAAUAAGAUAAGAUUCAUUUAUUUUACUUUUAUUGUAUGUAUUUUUUUAUACACAUAAUAUCGCCUCUGUAUCCACUGUUCAAAUUUUAUAUAAAACCUAUUCCUGGCCAAUUA